AGUUUGGUUUUGCUUUCGAAGAUCCAUGGAUUGAAUAAUGGCAAGGGCAGAUAUUUUAUCAAACUGUUAUUUGCAUUUAUAAUUAUUUUUAACUACUCCACAUGUCGCUGACAAAGUUUAAUGUCUUUUUUAAGAACGAAAAUCUGUGACUACGUCCCUUCAAUUGUUUCAAGGUUUAAAUAUUUCGCCAUGCAAUCUGAUACCAGGGCAAAUCAAGCGUCUCUCCAAACAAGGAUUGAUAUUACUGUUUUAAAUUUGACAACAAAAGCUUAAUUCCCCACACAAUAACUCGAUUUAGUUCAAGUGAUUUACCGUAAAAUGGCAGACACUUCAAUCCGUUUCCGUUCACCUCAAGUUGUUUGAUAAACAAACACCGGUCGAAACGUUACCCAUCGGAACUCAUGUAUUCGGUAAUACCCCGACCUCAGGUCAUCGACCACCGUCAAGAAGACGGGGAACCAAAGCCUGAGAUUCUCGACCACAGAUCUGGAAGACCAACCGUCUCACGCUGGAAGGACAGGCGCCGCGCGGAACAACUUCCGUACGAUCUCCUUAGGCAGCACCGGGACGCGUUGCUUAACGCAGAAAUCAAGUACAAGCAUCACAUAAAGGAGUUGGAGAAACAAUGCGAAGAUAUAACGCAGGAUUAUGACCAGACUUAUAAGGAAAAUAAGCAGCUCCGGAGUAUACUUGAGCACGGUCCGGAUGCUGCAAAGAUGAAACAGUUGAAAUUAGACAAGAAAGAGCAGAAAACUAUUAUCGACCAACAACAAGAGGAGAUGAAACUUCUGAAUGACAAAAUAAAGGAGUUAGAAAAAGCUGCAGGAGGACCUAGGGAUUAUUUGGUUGAAAAAAAUUGGCAAAACGCUCUUGAUCGGGUACGUCGUAAGCGAGAGGAAGAAGACGCGAUACCGACACAAGGUCCUUUUGUAGGCACAAAACUGUUCAAGAAACGGCGCAUUGCUAUUGACGAUGUCAGAAUCGCGGAUCAAGAUACGUAUGAUCUCUCGUUAGAUAGCCUUGAAAAGGAAACACAGGUUCUUCUAAAUAAGAUAAGACAGUUAAAACGAGAAAAAGAGCAGAUUGAUUACGCAACCAUGAUGGGAAAAGGAGCGGUAUCAAGGAACACAGUAAUCGCUAAUGCUAUAAAUGAGAAAUUGAACAGAGACCUAAACAAAUUUGCGAUUCGCCUUGAAAAACUGAAAUUAAAACACAAAGCUGCUAAGGAUUACACAAGAACAAUUACUGGAAAUGUGAAAGAGCCAUUAGACUCAGAAAUGAUGGAUCCCUCUCCCGAAAUAGAUAUUGCAGAUACUGAUGGAUCUGCAAAAACUUUGCGAUCGUACAAAUCCAGACCUGCUUCGAAAUUUAUGCCAGACGAUUCAAAGCCAGAAAAGCCUCCUAGCGAAACAAGUAAUAAACAAAGUGAUCGAGCAAAAAGCACGCAGUCAAAAAUAACUACCAAUACGACAAACACUGAACCAUAUUCAUUUGGUAACAAAUCCAAUCAUUCGAAGCUAAGCAAGAAGCCAAAGUCCUUGAAGCGAUCGUCAAGCGCGGAGGAUGUCCGCCUAACAAAACCUGUACAUGAACCCGUGUACGAGAAAGCAGACACAGACAGGGAGGUCAGGGUAGAAAACGCUGCAGAGGUUAAACACACACUUUCUAAACCGAAACCAGAUCGUUCGGCCGAAACAUCCGUCAUACAAAAGGAACGAUUUGCAAAGAAUGGAACAACAGACGUUUCGUUGACUAAUGGUCGCUAUGCGCACGGUCCAGAGCCUAUAAAAUUUAGAAAUAGGUCUUUUAAAUAUGAAGAAAUGCCAGUGCGUAAUAAUUAUUCCGCAAACCAAAUACCAGUAAAUCCAGUAAAUGCCAAGAUUGCAUUUCCUUUUUCUAAGAGCAACAAGCAUCGUAUUCAAAGCAAGAGCGAAAAUCACGCCAAUGAGGCUUCCUAUGACGCCGUUUUAGACUACCUUAAUCAACAGACUGGUAACGUCCACCGGCGCGUGCGCUAUCGGGAGGCCCCCACGACUUACGACGAUAUUGAGAGAACAAUAUCACCCAUUCCUAUAGGCUUUAAAACCGACGUGAAAGUUAUUGACCGACGGGAACUGCGAAACAUCUACGCGAACCACACCAGUGUCCGGCGUCCUGAGUAUUUUCAAGCCGAGCAAAUGUAGAUGCUUAUAACACUUUCCGUUGUCCACGUAUAUAUAUUCUUAAAUGUCACAGGGGUUUGUUAUGAAUAAAA